AGUCUGGCCCCGACGGCCGCUCCGCUACCAGCAGCGCCUCUCGGAUGGAGGUCCUGGAGGAGUUUGACAGCGAGUUCCCCCAUACCGUGACCUUCUGCCAGCUCAUCUCCGUAGCGGAAUUCAAGAGGCAGGCGACGACCUACACGGAAAGCGCGCUGCGCCGCCUCUUUCACACCCUGGACCGCGACCCCGUGCUGGCAGAGAGAGUGCUGCGCAAGAGCAAGCAGGCCGAGUGCGAGCGGCGCGGGCUCCUCUCCUUCCUCUGGGCAAAGUUCCUCAGUGCGGUCCAAGGGCCCCUGAACCUGUGCAACAGCAUGGGCGCGCAGGAGAUGGUCCAGCGCCUGAAGCAACUGAAGAGGAGCAUCCUCCGUGUGCACCUGUAUGCCCGGGGUGCCAAGAAAAAGAGAAGAAAAUUCAAACUGAAGAAACCAGAACCCAUCCUCCUACACGACCGGUCGACCUCUCCAUGUCUACCGCCAACUCUGCUGCCACCUCCUCCACUGCCAUCACUGCCACCACCUGUCACCAGCACGACCUCUGUCGCGGCCCUGUCACCCCCUGUCUACACCACACCCAGGGUCUUUGGCCCCUUCCCUCCGCUCCCUAGCAAGCCGGUCCGUGGGAAGAUGGAGAAAUUGGACAUCUCAAGGUCUGAAGUGAAACUGCACUGGAACGGUCUGUCAUCAAACCCAAAGAGCCACAUGAUUGAUCUGACCCCCUUGGUCCUCAAUCGCAGAGGCUUCCAUCUCUCCUACUUGCCUAGACACAGUCCACACAAGCUCCAUUGCUCCGGCUUCCCCUGGACCUCAGCCUGCAGUGGCUGCUCCAGCUCUGAAAAGACCGUGGUCUGUGCUGUGAACACGUCCUUCUUCACUCCGCCUGGCCUCCGCAAGUACCAGCCCGUUCCCAGACCCAAAGGCGACUCGGAGAAUGACAGUGCGGAGUCCAAGGCCCAUGAGAGGAGCCCAUGACCUCUCCUGCAGACCAGGGCCUAAGGAAUGAAUAAAGUUCUCCCGGA